UGUGGUCUGCGGCAACGGCGAAAUGAAACACGCCUAAUGCCAACUGGAAGAGUGAAUCCGGCAACAACCAGCCAUGGCUUUCAUUUUGCGAAGAUUUGGGACACGGACACGGACAUUCUCGGUUGCGCAAUCGAGAAAUACCCUGAGCUUGUCCAAGUGUGCAACAAUCUCCUCCCGGAGGAUGCUCAGCAAGAGGACGACGGGACCAGAGAGGGCGAUGGCUCUACAGGCGGUGCCGAGCGCCUGACGGCCGCCAAGCGGGAGGGCGCGAGGCUCGACGAGCAGAACAGGCGGGGGACGAAGCAGAAAAAGAAGGGGGCGGGCAGAGCGUGGCAGAGGCCACGUCCGUUGCCAUGA